CUCUUGACUAGAAUACUAUCUCUACUCAUAUCUCUACUUGUAUUUCAAACCACUCCAGACAACUUAUCUAACUGACAAAAACAACAUGCCAGUCAAAACAAAAAUCGCCUCUCACGGCGCCAACGGAUGGAAUCAAGAUGGAAUCGGCACGCCAGCAGAACACCUCCGAAGGUCCUGCCCUGACAAAAGCCGUGCCACCAAGAAGAUCAUCCAAAGCAGCCUCACCACCGAUGACCUAUCCAAAACGCACAUCAGCGCAUCCCAGCAUGGCCUCGUCCGCUCCAUCUACUUUGCCUACAGCUGCCACUUCAACCUCACCCUUCGCCCGGAGGAUGUUUGGCUGUCUAUCCUGAAUCAGGUGGCGUUCUACAUUAAAGCUCAUGCAAAGGAGCUCAGAUCGCGGUUUGUCGCGCAUGAUGGUCAGAUGGAGCUCGUGACUAUUGAUAAUGCGACGAUGGAGACUGCGGAUUUUGGGGAUAUAGCGAUGCGCAUGGGGAGGUUGAUUGAAGAGAAUGCCAUCGACGCUGAUCUGCGGUCGUGGAUGAUGCCUGAUUUUAGCACGACGACGGAGUGUGAUAGGAUUGUUGCAUCCAUUCUCAUGAUGGGCAGUGUGCAGCAGUACUUCAAGUACAAAGCAGUCCUCAGAUGUGGCAUUCCCAGCGUGGAACUACUCGGCGACCGCGAAGACUGGAAGAUGCUACUUAAGAAACUCGACAAACUGGAAACACUCGGCAAAGAGCCAGCCCAAUUCGCCAAGCUCCUCGACCCCAUCGUGCGCAUGUUCAUCGCCACCUUCGACAAUCCCACCUCCGACAAAGUGCGCCACUUUUGGAAUAAAUGCGCCCAUCGGAUCCCCGGCGGCAGCGGGCCAAGCUUUCUCUCCGGCUGGGUGACGGCGUUUUGCUUCUGGAACGAAGACGGCAAGUGUCUCUAUCCCCACACGUUCGGCUGGGAUGAAGCAGGCUGUCUGCUGGACGGGGUCAAGUAUCACAAAGUCAAUAUUGACGAGAUUCCCGUCGGGUACUCUUCCGUGCCGGUCAAAGUGGAUGAAUUUGGGGUGAUACAUGAGGCAAUGAUGGUAGCUGGGAUGGUGGGUAUACGGGCGUCGUCGAGUGGUGAGGUUAUUCAGAAGAGUGGGAAGGCUGCGUUGGAUUCGAUCCAGCCGGUGUGUGGAUGGUGGAUGUGUGAGCUGAAGGAGGGGAAAUAAGGC